GCAGCACGCUCUCAGUCCCUUCAUACGAUUCUCCUCUUACUCACUGAGACGAAUAAGUGAAGAGAUGCAUUCAUUGGAAGAACGUUUUGAAUAGGAAAGUGUGGCACUGUGUGGAGUGAUGGGUUAGCGCGGAUAAACAAGGCUCGGUCUGAGCUGGCAAGCAACAAUUGCGAGAGAUUUUUUCCCCCUUCAUCAGUACGAUGGAAGUUGGAUGCCAGUUUAGUUGUGGUGCGGAUAUAAGAGCUGGCAAAUGUUUGGCGUGAAUUAAAGAAAAUGGAGAUCGAUGUUAAGUUUGACUCCAAAAUAAUGGAGAAGAGAAACAGACUGUUGUUGUGGCUGCUCUACUUCAUGGCAGAGUUUUGUCUGAGUUCGCAGCAAGUCCUUAGAAUUGGUGGAAUUUUUGAGACUGUCGAAAAUGAGCCUUUAAGUGUAGAAGAACUAGCUUUCAAAUUUGCGGUGACCAAUAUCAACCGAAAUAGAACCUUAAUGCCGAACACCACAUUGACCUAUGACAUUCAGAGAAUAAACCUCUUUGACAGCUUUGAAGCAUCAAGAAGAGCCUGUGACCAGCUGGCCCUGGGCGUCGCAGCGGUCUUCGGCCCCUCGCACAGCUCCUCCGUCAGCGCUGUCCAAUCCAUCUGCAACGCCCUGGAGGUCCCCCACAUCCAGACCCGCUGGAAGCACCCGUCGGUGGACAACAAGGACACCUUCUACAUCAACCUGUACCCCGAGUACUCUGCCAUCAGCAGGGCCAUCCUGGAGAUCGUGCAGUUCUACAAAUGGAAGACCGUCACUGUGGUGUACGAGGACAGCACUGGCUUGAUGCGUUUACAAGAGCUGAUCAAAGCCCCAUCCAGAUACAACAUUAAAAUCAAAAUCCGACAGCUGCCCAUGGGCAACUCAGAUGCCCGGCCACUGCUGAAAGAGAUGAAGAAGGGGAAAGAGUUCUACAUCAUCUUCGACUGCUCCUACCAGACUGCAGCAGAGAUUCUCAAACAGAUUAUGUCCAUGGGGAUGAUGACAGAAUACUAUCAUUUCUUCUUCACUACACUGGAUUUGUUUGCCAUUGACCUGGAGCCGUACCGCUUCAGUGGCGUCAACAUGACCGGGUUCCGCCUCGUCAACAUAGAAAACCCCCAGGUGGCCUCUGUGAUGGAAAAAUGGUCCAUGGAGCGCCUGCAAGCCCCGCCUAAACCCGAGACAGGGCUCCUGGAUGGCGUGAUGACGACGGAGGCCGCCCUGAUGUACGACGCCGUGUACAUGGUCGCCGUGGCAGCCCAAAGGUCCACCCAGAUGACCGUCAGCUCUCUGCAGUGCCACAGACACAAACCGUGGAGGUUUGGCCCCCGCUUCAUGAAUCUGUUCAAAGAAGCGCAGUGGGAUGGUCUGACAGGAUACAUAAUCCUAAACAAGACAGAUGGCAUGAGAAAAGACUUUGACUUGGACAUCAUUAGUCUCAAGGAGGAUGGCAUGGCAAAGAUUGCUGUUUGGAAUUCCAUCAGUGGCCUUAACUUGACCGAUAUCAGCAAGGAAACAUCAACAAAUGUCACAGACUCCAUGGCAAACAGAACACUUAUCGUCACUACUAUUCUGGAAAACCCAUAUGUUAUGUAUAAAAAAUCAGACAAGGCUCUGUAUGGAAACGACCGAUUUGAAGGCUAUUGCUUGGACUUGCUGAAAGAGCUGUCGAACAUCCUUGGCUUCACAUAUGAGGUCAAGCUGGUCUCUGAUGGGAAGUAUGGUGCACAGAAUGACAAGGGCGAAUGGAACGGCAUGGUCCGGGAACUCAUAGACCACAUAGCUGACCUUGCAGUGGCUCCUCUGACCAUCACCUAUGUGAGGGAGAAGGUCAUCGACUUCUCCAAACCUUUCAUGACCCUGGGAAUCAGCAUUCUGUACCGCAAGCCCAACGGCACCAACCCGGGGGUCUUCUCCUUCCUCAAUCCGCUGUCCCCCGACAUCUGGAUGUACGUCUUGCUGGCGUGUCUGGGGGUCAGCUGUGUGCUGUUUGUCAUUGCCAGGUUUACUCCCUAUGAGUGGUAUAACCCACACCCGUGCAACCCCGAUUCAGACGUGGUGGAAAACAAUUUUACUUUACUAAAUAGUUUCUGGUUUGGAGUUGGAGCUCUCAUGCAGCAAGGAUCAGAGCUGAUGCCUAAAGCUCUCUCCACCAGAAUUGUUGGCGGAAUCUGGUGGUUCUUUACGUUAAUAAUAAUAUCAUCCUACACUGCCAACCUGGCUGCCUUUCUGACUGUCGAAAGAAUGGACUCGCCAAUCGAUUCCGCUGACGAUUUGGCGAAGCAAACUAAAAUCGAGUAUGGGGCUGUGAGGGACGGAUCCACCAUGACCUUUUUCAAGAAAUCCAAAAUCUCCACCUAUGAAAAGAUGUGGGCAUUCAUGAGCAGCAGGAAAAACACUGCCCUGGUGAAAAACAACCGUGAAGGGAUCCAGAGAGUCCUCACCACAGACUACGCACUCCUCAUGGAGUCCACCAGCAUUGAGUACAUAAGCCAGAGAAACUGCAAUCUCACACAGAUAGGAGGCCUCAUAGACUCCAAGGGCUAUGGUGUUGGAACCCCAAUUGGUUCCCCGUACAGGGAUAAGGUGACCAUUGCCAUUCUCCAGCUGCAGGAAGAAGGGAAGCUGCACAUGAUGAAGGAAAAGUGGUGGCGGGGAAAUGGCUGUCCAGAGGAGGACAGCAAGGAGGCCAGUGCUCUGGGCGUGGAAAACAUCGGAGGCAUCUUCAUAGUGUUGGCCGCUGGACUUGUCCUUUCUGUCUUUGUAGCCAUUGGGGAAUUCAUAUACAAAGCCAGAAAAAACACGGAUAUCGAGGAGGCAUUUUGUUUCUUUUAUGGAGUGCAAUCCAAGCAAUUACAAAGGCGCCCCUCCACGUCUUCCUCUGAAACCUCUUUAUCAACGGAUUUAGAGUGUGGUAAACUCCUCCGAGAAGAUCUGUUACGAUCUCCACGCUAGAUUCCACACUGUGUAGUUGUUGCAUUGUAAGGUGUGUCCAUGGCCCACAAAAAUGUCCCUUGCCCCUCUCCCAAAGCCCCAACCUUUAGCCCCCAACUUACAGCCCCUGGACCCACCCAGUCUUCUAGUUUCCUUGGUAGGGGUAGCUACUUUACAGGCACCUACAAUGUGGACACUCAUUCCAGAGAAUCGACAAAAAGUAAAAACAAAAACAUAGUAAUCAGGAAAUAGCCUUUAGGGGAAAGAAAGCCUCUCACUCUUUGAAUGAAGGUUUUUUUUUUCUUUUUUUGAGGCCAGAAAUGAUAAUUUCUCAAGUUAAUCACAUGAUCAUUUCUUAAGUUGUUGCAUUUUUUCUUUUGUCCAGUUCACCUGGCUGACAGAGUGCUCAUCACAGUCAGCUCAAGGGUUCUUUAAGAUGACACUGUCUUCACUCACCAAAAUACAAGACAUUCACAGAUAGCUUUAUUUCAAAAUGCAAACAUGCACACAUGCCUCUAUAAUGGAGAUUUUCCCCUGUUUACUUAGUAUUAUUAUACUGUAAUGUGCACCUUAUCAGAUGAAAGCCUGAAAAUACAAAACUUGGUACUUCAGAGGCAGAACAGGAGAAUGCCCAGUACCAUGUGUGGUGUAUUUUACUAUGGCUUGAUUCUUUGAUUAUUGAAAAUGUCCAGCUUUUGUUAGAUAGAGUACACCUUACAGCAUAAAAAAAUAACUGAAUUGGUGGAGGUAAUAAUUCAAAGUGUCAAAUGAGCUUAUAAAAAUGAGUAAAUUCAGAAUUACAACUCAUUACAACAGCAUUUUUAGAGCUGAAGGUAUCAGUGAACUUAUGACUGUGAUGCAAACAGAAUCUCCUUCAAAAGCAGAUACUGAAGCUUACAAAUCUGAUGUUUAAAAUUUCUUAGCAUACUGUAAAAUUAGUAUAUAAGCACAACAGCACCUGCAAUGUAGGUGCUACGCUUUUGAUGUGCAUUGGAGGUCUAUUCUCCCAUUGCCACUCCAGCCUCCUACUGACCUGUGACCUAGCUCUUACAUUUUAUAGAGCAAUAUAUAUAUACAUAAACAGUACAUCAAGCAUGUCUUGCCCCUGUCUAAAUUCCCUUUUUAUGUUCAUUGUAUUUUAGUCAUAGUCCAAUAAAAGAGAGAAAUAGAGAGAUAAAUUUGCAGCACACCAACUUCAGCUCAAUGUCCUCUCAAAAUUUUACAAGAACUGCCGCAAUAAAUAAUGUGAUCAUUAUGGAUUGGAUUAGGAAAGUCACUCAUGCGGUUAAGGUUUAAGUUGUAAAAAGUAAGGAGAGAGAUAGUCACCCACAGUAAAAAUCACCUUAAGUGACAGGAUAACCGAAGAAAAUCGCUGUGUUUACUGAAACAAUAGAAAAGAAAAGUAUUGUCCUUUUAACAAAAUUGGAAGAAAAGACUGGAGAAUAAAUGAUGGAGAAUAGUCCACAAUGUUAAAUCAUAAGGUAAAAUAGAAA